AAGCCGCCGGGAGGGCGGCGCGCGCCCCGCUCGGCAGCUGCGGCGGCGGCUGGUGUGGGCGCUCACGUCAGGGCUGGGGAGGAGGAGGCUCGCGGCGAAGAGUGAGAGAGACAUGAGGCAGCCGGGCAGGAAGCGAGAAAGAGUUCGGCGGAGAAGGAGAGAGUUUUAGAGACGCCGGAGAACAGGACCCGCGCCCGCGGGAGAGCGUGGCCGCCCGGCUCCUCGCCUGCUCCGCGCGCUCUCCGGUGUCCGCUUUCAGCACCCCGAGCGGAGAACAGCUCCCGGCAGCCCGCAGCCUGCCAAGGGCCUCGGGCGGGCUACCUGGAGCCUCACCCAGGCUCAGGGGCACCCUGUGCGAACCCGGUGUGCACGCCUCCUCCUCCCCUCUGCUGGCGUGCGAGGAAACACGGGGAAAGCAUCCGGCGGCCUCGGGAAGCCCUGAAGAAGUCCAAGCAGAAUGUACCAGGGACACAUGCAGAAAAGUAAAGAAAAAGGAUAUGGAAAACUAAGCAGUGAUGAAGACCUCGAGAUAAUUGUUGAUCAAAAGCAGGGAAAAGGCUCUAGGGCGGCAGAUAAGGCUGUUGCCAUGGUGAUGAAGGAGAUACCGAGGGAGGAGUCUGCUGAAGAAAAGCCCCUCCUUACUAUGACAUCACAGCUGGUGAACGAACAGCAAGAAAGCAGACCCCUCCUGAGUCCCUCCAUCGAUGACUUUCUCUGUGAAACCAAAUCGGAGGCAAUAGCAAGGCCAGUAACGUCCAACACAGCUGUGUUGACCACAGGCUUAGACCUCCUCGACCUGAGUGAACCCGUCUCGCAAACCCAAACCAAAGCCAAGAAGCUGGAGGCCUCAUCGAAAACCGCGUCCCUCAAGAAGGCUGAUGGAGCUGAUCUCAUCGGGGCGGAGGCUGAACAGAGAGGCCAGCAGCCUCUUCGGGGCCCGGAGACGGCAUCCUUAGAUUUAGACAUUCAAACACAACUGGAAAAAUGGGACGAUGUUAAGUUUCAUGGAGAUCGCAGUAGCAAGGGUCAUCCAAUGGCAGAGAGAAAAUCAUGCUCUUCUAGAACUGGAUCAAAAGAACUCUUAUGGUCCUCUGAGCACAGAUCCCAGCCUGAACUGAGCGCUGGGAAAAGCGCCCUGAACGCCGAGUCAGCUUCAGAGCUGGAAUUAGUGCCUCCAACACAGGCUCGACUGACCAAAGAACAGCGCUGGGGAAGUGCAUUACUCUCCAGAAACCACUCCUUAGAAGAGGAAUUUGAAAGAGCAAAAGCAGCAGUGGAGUCAGAUACAGAGUUUUGGGAUAAGAUGCAAGCAGAAUGGGAAGAAAUGGCCCGGAGGAACUGGAUAUCCGAGAACCAAGAAGCCCAGAACCAAGUUACAAUUUCAGCUAGCGAGAAGGGCUAUUACUUCCACACUGAAAACCCCUUCAAGGACUGGCCGGGCGCGUUUGAGGAGGGCUUAAAGAGACUGAAGGAAGGGGACCUCCCAGUCACCAUCCUGUUCAUGGAGGCCGCGAUUCUUCAGGACCCGGGAGAUGCAGAGGCAUGGCAGUUCCUCGGGAUAACUCAGGCAGAGAAUGAAAACGAGCAAGCAGCUAUUGUCGCCCUCCAGAGGUGCUUAGAAUUGCAGCCCAACAACUUGAAAGCUUUGAUGGCUUUGGCCGUGAGUUACACGAACACGGGCCAUCAGCAGGAUGCCUGUGACGCGCUGAAGAACUGGAUUAAGCAAAACCCAAAGUACAAAUACCUUGUGAAGAGCAAGAAGGGAUCACCAGGCCUCGCCCGGAGGAUGUCUAAGUCUCCGGUGGAUAGCUCUGUUCUGGAAGGCGUGAAGGAAUUAUAUCUGGAAGCUGCCCACCAAAAUGGAGAUACGAUUGACCCAGACCUGCAGACAGGUCUAGGGGUGCUGUUCCACCUGAGCGGAGAAUUUAAUAGAGCAAUAGAUGCAUUUAAUGCCGCCUUAACUGUUCGGCCAGAGGACUAUUCGUUAUGGAACCGUCUGGGGGCGACCUUGGCGAACGGAGACCGCAGCGAGGAGGCCGUGGAGGCCUACACGCGGGCGCUGGAGAUCCAGCCCGGCUUCAUCCGCUCCAGAUACAACCUGGGCAUCAGCUGCAUCAACCUGGGCGCCUACAGAGAAGCGGUCAGCAAUUUUCUCACUGCCCUCAGUCUGCAGAGGAAAAGCCGGAAUCAACAGCAAGUUCCUCAUCCUGCCAUCUCCGGGAACAUCUGGGCUGCCCUCAGAAUCGCACUGUCUCUGAUGGACCAGCCAGAACUCUUCCAGGCGGCCAAUCUCGGUGACCUGGAUGUCCUCUUAAGAGCUUUCAAUUUGGAUCCUUGAAAGAAAAGAAAAAGUAAUGAUCCCUGUCCAUAUGUGUACUCAGAAAUGCAAACCUAUUUUAUUAUGAAUUCCAAAAUGGUGACACCGGAUGUUCAAAAGGCCAUGGUGAUAGAGCCUGAGGGAAUACCUACAGACAAUGCCCAGUCUCUGUUCAGAUCCCAAAGCACAAAAUGUUAUAUAGAGUCAAGGUCGGGCUCGAAAGAAGAAGCGAGAGGCUCAAGACUAACCAAGAUGAAGCAACUAUGUGAAUACUCGCUCCACAAGCUGCAAGCCUGUCGCAAGACAUCUUCUUUGGGUUUUCGUCCCCACUUGCGGCUGAUGACACAUCUAAGGAACUUGAUCGUGCGACACUUGGAGAAAGCACUGCCUCAGAUCAGGGAAUUCUGACUAUUUCUGAACUGUCCCCUAAAAUUCACCCUUUUAGAAGACUGAACAUAGUUUGGGCCGAGGUGCAUGCACAAAUAUUAACUCGACUAAAAAGAGGCAUUGCUUAAACCCGUUCCAAUUUUAACUUUUACUGUAGCUUUUUGAUUCCAGAGAAGGAGCUUUGCUGGCAAAAGCAGUUUUUGCACUAGAAAUUUUUGCUGUUCCCAAUCAAAACUUUUCUGGGACUGUAUAUAUGCACUUUAAUAUCUCAUUUAUGCCUUGCUGGAGUUUUGUUUUGUUGCUCCAAUUUUUAACGUGGGGAAGGGGGGCGGGGGUAAAAGAUUUGGGAGCUCAGCCUUGUUAGCUCAAUGGACCAAAUAAAAAUUCCUGAAAAUAGUUUUUACAGUGUAGGGUUUUGAAGGAGUGUUUUCCUCAAAGCAGAUGUGACGUAGGAUGUAAAUAUGCAAACACAGAUCUUAUUCACGUGCUGUCUGAGACUGUUUGACUUAAGCAAGAGGUAAGACACUGUUUCUUCAUGCAUUCUCUGCAGGACGGAAGUUUGAUGAUGUCGUCAUUUCUAAUGACUUAACAUUAACUUACUUAAAUGUCAUAUUUUACUUGCUUACUAACUGCCCUGCACACUGAUAUUCCUUUUCAAUUGUUAAUAUUUUAAAUGGCAUUUCUUAAGAGUGAUAAAUACAUUUUUCCUAAAAAUUGUGUUUUUCUGAGUUCCAUAAUAAUCUCAUUGCUCGCCCUUUUGCAUUCCAAGUGACAGAGAUCAGUACUUUCGAGCAGAAUCUCCCUGAACAUCAGAGGUUUCACAUGAAAGAUGCAAGCCCCUAGGCUCUCCUCUUGAACAUUUAUUAAGUACCAGGACUUCUGUUGGCAGUGGUCUUUUAUUCCAUUGGUUCCAUCCCACUCAGUUCUUCAGAGUGUUUUUGUGCUUGUCGGGCACUCAGCAAUUAUUGAGAAAGACAUCACUUUUGAAAGGAUUAGAAAAAUUGUUUGCAAAAUGCUAACCAAAAUAUAAUUUCACCAAUGCCCAGUUCCGGUAACUUGUUCUAGUACAUUGUCCCAUUCUUCUUCAGUUUGUCUGCUUCCUCCAGAAUCUUCCCAAAGCAAUCUGAUUCCAACUUUUCUUCAUGCCCUUUGGUUAGUAAUAGCUGGUUUUACUCAUGAUUAUAGUUAACCAGGAAAAAACAGCAUUUGGAUCAAGAUAGUUCAAUUGACUGGGGAGUGAGCUUCUACUGCACACAUACUGAACUUGGGGUGCAGGUAGAAAUGGUCUCCUCUGUUACAUUCAAAGUCCCUGGCAUAGGACAGGGCCUCAGAUAAACAUGAAACCACAAAUCCUUGAGGCUUACAUACGUUAUAACCUAUUCUAGUUUAUAAAGACAAAAAGUUGAGGGCAUGUGGUGGCAGCUUUGCUGUUCACUGUCAAAGCUCACUAGGGUGAGGUGACGCCUCCAGCGGGACCAGCAGGAGGCAAGGCAUUGAGGCAUUCACCAUUGGGCAGCAGCGACAACCAAUCUUAACCUACUUUCCUGCAGGCUCAGAGGCAAAGAAAAGCUCAACAAGAUUUUCAAGAAUGGUAUUCUCCAGAAUUUCAGAAUCCUAGCAAUUCGGCCUGGGAAGGACUCAUGGGGCCAGCUGCCAACUGAUGGUAGCUACCUGGUUAAGAAUCCCUGACGGAAUAGCAUCCCUUCUCGGCACGUUCCUUCCUCCUCCGUAUCCCUGUGCAUCCACGCUGGCCAGCUGACUUGCAUCCAUCAUAGUCCAUUAGGAACCUCUAAACAAAGGAUUCAAAGCCACUUUCACAAAAGUUCUGUUUAUGACAACAUUCUAGACUUUCAAUAGUAACUAGAUUUGCAAUAAUAAUGGACUGUUUUAUUAGCUUUGCUGCCACUACGUACACGAGAUCAGCAACAAUUUAAAGCCUGCAGUUGGGUAAAUGUGCACUGUUUUUAUUUAACUUGAUUGUUGCUAAGUACUGGCAAAUUUGGGGGCCCCGUUUUAUUUUGCUAUUUGAAUAUAAAGCAACUUCAAACUCCAAAGAAUUGUUUUCAGCGAGAGUGAACAAUUUUCCAUUCCCUUCAUAAUUUGGUAAUUUGCAAAGCAUUUGGUAGGACUUUCUCCAAUAUAUCUAGUGUCCAUCAGAACCAAGAUUUUCCUAAGCUAUUACCUGUCGGGAGGUGCAGAAUUAUUGCCCAAGACAUUUUUUCAUAAUAUUUUUACUAAAAUUAAGUUAAAACAGUUACUAAAAAGCAAGCGAAAAGUUUAUAGCAAUCAGAGCAACACCAAAAAGUAAGUAGCAAGAUCUUAGAACAGUCUUUAUUGUAUACAUCUUUUUCUUAAGUUUAUACACAUUUUUAAAAAAAAAAAAACAAAAUUGUUUUUGGUAUCUUAUCGUCAUGGUGUAAAGUUGUCAUUUAUAUUACUCUUUCCAUUUGAAAGGAUGGCCUUGGUUCCCUUGGGAGCACUCUGGGAAGGCCUUGAUUAUCUUCUCUCUUGCAUGACUGAGUAGCAGCUCAAGAUCUCUCAGAGGAUGGUACAAUUUUACAAGAGUGGCCACUCAAAUGCAUAGUGGCCUUUCAAGGACCAAUUUCUCCAGGAGAUUAGAUGAAAAUGCAGAGAAGGCCAGUGAUCAUUGCUGAAUUUCAAAAUAGGUUAUAACUAUGUCUAGCGGGCUAUUUCUCUGUGCUGUAGACCUCAAUGUGAGGAGGAGUUGGAGGGAUAGGAGAGGGGAGGGGAAGGAGUAAAGUGUCCACUUACUGGAUUAAUCAUAUUGAGUCACCAUUCCCUUUGCUUUCUCCCACAAUCACUCCCCAUGACUCCUUGAAAGAAAGGCAGACCUUGUUCAACAAGAAACUUUCAUAGAGAACUGUGAGCUGUGCUUUCUCAGCCAACCUGCGUUUUAACUAAAACAGCAAAUUAGUGAUACUUAACGGGGUUGGAAAGUCCAGGACACACCCAUUUCCACAGUUUUAUGCCAUUUCUUCAUUCUUUUUUUUUUUUUUACUUUAUUUUUAUUGUUAA